UAAUUGCCCUCGACAGAUCCCCUUUGUCGCGAUUGUCGUUCAUCCUUGGCUUGAAAUGCAACGAUGAGACCCCUUGCCAAUUCAGGCUGGAAAGCCUUUCAACAGACCCGAUCUCUACUCCCAAGAACUACUCGUCGAUUCGCCGGCGACAGUCAUGGAUCCCAUCAUUCCGAGCCCGUGAACGAGUCCCUCGGGAAAGGAUUUUGGGUUACGCUUGCAGCGAUUCCCACCGGAGCUCUCCUGUACAACAUUCUCGCAUCCGGCGAGAAACCCUUCAUUACGCGAUGGAUCGAAUCAUACGGGCAUUGGCAGAAUAAAUGGGCGGAGACGAAUGCGUUGAGGUCGGCCUACAUCCAGCAAGCACGAGAGGACAGGAACAUCAUUGUCAACUCGAAGUACCGGGGUCCAAGUGAAUUGAACGGUGCAGAGGUCUUCAAUGCCGGCUCACCCUACAACGUCCCUGCCGGACAUGGUAUUAACCUGGAUAAGCUGGUUGAGCAUUACGAGAUAAAAAGCCGAGAGGUGGAUGCGAAGAUUGCAAGCAACAUGCGAGCAAGAGAGGAAGCCGCCGCACGGGAGAGGUUAUCAUGAG